AGGAGCCGUUUCGGCUCUCGAGAGGCGCCUCGCGCGGCCCGCUGCGACAGGGGCCGCGCGCACGGUAGCGCCUCCGCUCCGAACCCCCUCCCCGCCGCCUGCCCGCGCUCACCGAGCGCGCCCUUGCGCGAUGGCCCGUGCCGGCAGGCGGGGUGGCGGGCGGCGCCUGCGCGGGCUGCCGCUCGCGCUCGGGGCGGCCCUGGGCGGCGGCGCCCUCGCCCUCGGCUUCGCGGCCUGGCCGCCCGCCCGCGCGCGGCGGUGCUCGCGGGCGGCCAGCGCCACGCAGACGCUGGCGGAGGGCGAGCUGACCGCCGCGGUGGACGAGCAGCCCACCGCGGAUCACCAGGUCGUCAGGGGCUUCGGGCUGGCAUCGGUGCUCGAGCAGCAGCUCUACGACCAGAAGGUGAUCGAGGAGACGCGCUUCGUGCGUGAGCAGGCCAAGCUCCCCUGGUGGAGGCGAAGCUUUGCGCGUCUCGCGGGCGACCUCGGUGGACUGCUCACCUCUCCGGUGCGAACGCUGAGGCUCGUGAAGAUCACCAAAGAUGUCGUCACCGAGAGACUGGAGUAUCUAUUGACUAUCAAAGACAGGCGGUCUCAGCCCGAAGACGGGGACGGCCAGGCGCGUCAGGGCAUGCGCGGAGACAUUCGCGCCUUCGCGAAGGGCUCCAAGACGUUUUUCGCCACGUACCUGAAAAGCCACGUCAUUGCCCGCACGCCGUACGCCGAGUACCGCGAGAUGCUGCACGUGACGCUCACUCGGUUUCUGGAAAGCGUGGCGCAGAAGGAUCCAUACUCGUUCGAGCCCUUCCACAAAGCCGUGAGGGGACCACACUUCGACUACUACUCCUGGGGCAACCGCUUUAUCCGCCCCAUGAUCAAGCAGCGCUCCUCGCAGGUCGACGGCCAGGAAAACGUCAGGAAGAUCCAAGACUAUCUCGCCAACGGGGACAACGUCGUCAUGAUCUGCAACCACCAGACGGAGGUGGACCCCCAGGUCCUCUCCGUGCUGCUGGAGUCGGAGGGCUAUGCGGGAGUCGCUGAGAAGACCAUUUUCGUCGCCGGGCACAAGGUGACUACCGACCCGCUGGCGAUACCCUUCAGCAUCGGCCGCAAUCUGCUCACGAUCUUCUCAAAGAAAUACCUGGAGUCCUUCGAGGACGAGGGCGAGAAGGAUCUCGGAAGGAAUAUCGGCGGCGGCCCGCAACCGCCAGACGGUUGCGGAGAUGCAGCGUCUGCUGACCGAAGGGGGCAACAUCUUCUGGGUUGCGCCAUCGGGCGGCCGCGACCGCCGCGACCCCGAGACCGGGGAGUUCACGCCGGCCAAGUUCGACGCGUCGUCGGUGGGACUGUUCAACCUCCUGGCCAAGAGGGCAGAGAAGGCGGGGACCCACAGGACCCCACAAGGAAAAGACCCGCUUUUUCCCCCUGGCGAUGUGGACCCACCGGCUCAUGCCACCGCCCGAGGGGGCGGUCUCGGCAGUCGGUGAGGAGCGGAGCGCCCAGAUGGCGGCCGUGGCGCUCGCGUUCGGGGAGGAGGUGGACCCCGAGGAUGUUGGUGGCCGCAAGGCGUUCCCCGAGGCCAUCGAGCGUCGGGUGAGCGAGGCGUACUGGUCCAUCCACGAGGUGAUGAGGUGGAGGAAGUGAGGAGUGCGCUCGUGGCCCGGCACCCUCCCUACCUGCUACAGUGGGCGUCGCUGAAUGGGGGGGCGGUCCCCCGCCGAGCGUCGUCACUGUCCAAACGUGCCUGGUGCUAUGUGCGCGUUGGCCCCGCCAGGGCGACGCGCGCGCUCAGGAAGCCUGGCAGAGAGGUUCCACGGCGGGCGCUGUCCAGCCACACCGCUCGGGAAGCGAUGGCCUGCGUUGGGUGUCGGGGUUUCUGUUUGUGCUGCUCUUCGGUUCCGCAGCAGAGGGCACGCCCUUGGCAAGAGCCGGCCCCUCUGGCAAGUGGCGGGCGCUGGCUUGCCGACGGCCACCGCGCGCGGCAGCCCCCUCCCGCAGGGCCUCCGCAGCUCUGCGGGGGGCGCGGCGGCUCCAAGACAGGGCGCCGGCCCACCGAUUCUCCGAAGCAGCACAAUUUUCGAACUGCGCCGUCCAGGCGCUGCGCCGUGCAGGCGCUGCUUUUCUCCGCGCCGCGCUCGGAGCGGCUUUUCCCGCCCGAGUGCUGCAAGGCUCGCGCAAUCGAUUCAUGCUUCCACCCCUGGCCCGGCCCGACCAGCGCGCGAGUUUCUGCCGGGGCGCGUGCGGGGGAGGUCACCCCCUCCGAGCGUCGCAGCCGCCAAGGUGCGGCCCCGGCCUCCGCGCCAGCGCGUUCUGUCGCCGAGAGGGGGGGGGGCGUCCGAGAUCGUGAUGGCCCCUCCGCGAAGGGAAAGAAGGGGGUUGGAAGAGGACGCGCUCUAGAGCACAUCGGCCUACAGGGCUGGUGGGUUUAUAGACCUUGAAAAGGCGCUGUAGGGAAAUCUUGCGUGCGCACAGUACCACCAAUGAGGCUAUCGCAGUGCUCCCCUGGCUGGGGCACGCGUUUGGCAUGGCGUUCAGUCGUGCGCACAUGCUUGGCGCAGCGUCUGCCGAGCCGUUCAAUGUUCUCGAUCAGGGAAAGUCGUCAAAGCCUAGUUCUCCACGUCAGCGGGCGCCGCCUCAAUAUUCUAAGGCAGCAGUUGCACCUGCCAUCUCGCGAUGUGAGAAACCAUCAUCAUCACACUUAUCAGCAUCGUCUCAGUCAUGCAAGCG